AUGUGGAGAAUGCUUGUGUUCAUUGAGGAUUCACAAACAAUCAGCGAGGAGGAUAUCCAGCAGGUACAAAAGCGGGUGGGGCUGACCACGUGCUGCUAGCAAAUGAUCGCAGUAUAGUUCCAUGUCAGUAGCUCACUAAUAGGCUUGGUCACGCACCUGCCACCUCGUUUACGCUAAGGAACUUGAGGAGCAGAACCCUUACGUUAACCAAUAUGGGAGGGGCUGACCACGUGCAACAAGCCACUAGUUACAGUAUGGUUGAUGUCAACAGCUCACGAAUGGGCGCGAUCAGACAUGCGCUAUCUCGCUUAUGAGUUUGAGGGUGUCCACGUCAUGCCAGAAACCGCUGUAGAUCUAAAGCUCAACUGGCUUUUAAUUCUAAGAGGCGUAACAAAAGAGGUGUCCCCUUUUCUGUGCUAACAAACUUUGACAGUCGGUGUCCCGAGUUAGUUCUGCAGCCUUUUAUAGGCCGUGCAGGGUGAUUAUUUCAAUGUGUCUGGUUGUAUCCUUUCACUGAGCAACGUUUUCGUUAGACAGCGGUUGAACGACUAUAUUACAUUCACGCCUUUUUAUGCACCUCCAAUGAAAUUUAACCAUAUUCAUUAGUUCUGCGACAGGGAAUACGCGGAUGAAAGAAGGACCUUUGAAACGCGUAUGAAAAUUAAUGACACACUAAGCCAACGUAGAUAGUACGACUUUUUCGGUAUAGUGAUUGCCUUUUGCUGAUUUAGUGGGAUUUUUAACUAUUAUACUUUCAGGUCAAAGAAGCCACCCGAAACAUUGCAGAGAGAUUUAACAUUUCUGGUCCGUUCAAUACUCAGUUUUUAGCCAAGAACAAUGAUAUCAUGGUACGUCCCCGAAUUACGUUUAUGUGGUCGGUGAUUAUAUUUACCUCGUGUUCGAUAUUGUUUUAGGAUUUUGUUCCUGUGAAUCGGUUUUAAUUUCCCUCCCCCUGGAAUCUGUUGCAUAUUCUCUCGCGUGUGUCACUAAAUAGAAAUCUUUCCGUGUUUAUCGCCGUUGCCAUCUGGUGAAGCUGGCCGCGUAGUUCAGUUUUUUGGUUAUACUACAUUCUUUUACCAAUGAUCAAACUUGUUGACUUUGCUAUCAGUAUCAAGACACUCAUCACAUAUCUUCUUAUCGGUGACAAAGUCUUGCAAGUCAAUCUAAUUCAUGAGAUGAAACAGUCACAGUUUUGUUUCUUUUUGUACCGUCAGGUCAUCGAAUGCAAUCUGCGUGCAUCUCGCUCGUUUCCUUUCGUAUCCAAGACAGUGGGUACGGACUUCAUAGAUGGGGCAACAAAGAUCAUGGUGGACUAUCCCCUGGAAGAACAUGCCCUUCCCCAUCUGGACACGCCCCUGCAGCCGUCUGGAUAUGUGGGCAUCAAGGUUUGUCCGCGCAUUCUAUUCUUGUUUGCCAACGAGGCAACCGAGCUAAGAAGCGAGGUUGCCUCGGUGGCAGAUUUAUAAUCCCGCACGAUGUAGGCAAAACCUCUCAAAUUCUGCGUAACCCUCUAAAAUUUGCAUUUUUGACCAUAUUUGGGUGUAAGUAAGAUCCCAUAUUUGGGUAGUGACGUCAUGGUCUUGUAUUUAUAACGCGUGGUCCGAAAGUGGGUGAUUCAAUGUGCAGCUGUUAGUUAUCUGUUCAAGAGGCCCUAACAGGUGAGCUGCUUUAAUACGAUUUCUCGUUUGAAAGGGGUAUUAGUGCUUUGGUCUGCUUUAUAAAUUGCGUUUAAAACAGCAGCUGAUCAAGGAAUAGGGUUUUACGCUCAAAUUUUUGUCAGAAUCAGCUUGUUCUUUGCAGCCCCAUUUACAAUGAGGUAGCGUGUUCGCUUCUCGACUCAGAACCAGGGUUUUCCGUGUUCUCUUUUCCUUUGUGAAUUGAAUUUUAAGCGGUAGUUAAUCAAGGCAUAGGGUUAUAUUCUCAAAACUUAUAUCAGAACCAGCGUGUCCUUCGUAGGUCGAUUUACAUUGAGCCAGUACUCACCUCCCGUGAGGAAUGCAACGUAUUUGCGGACCUUUUUUAGAAUUUAUUCAUGUCUUUAGAUUUUGUCAACCAGCAGGUUUUUUUUGCUGCUCGAUUUACAUUGAGAAAGCCCAAAACUACCGUGAGGAAUACAACGAACUUGCGGACCUUUCGUUUUGAAGACUAUCAUUAUGCCUUUCAAGAGAAUCUUUAUCCUGUGACACUCCCUCAUUAGAUCUUUGUAUUUUAUUCAAGUUUAUAUUUUUAUACCUCUGAUACAUUCCGCCCCAUUCUUGCGCUUUUCACACAUUUUACUUUACACCAAUUUUUUCUUAUGUAUAUUACUACGCGAAAUAUUCUUCCUAUCCCUGAUGACGCUGUUGCUCGGAAUUUAAUUAUUAUUUUUAAUUUCAGCAGUCAAAGGCCUCAUUUGAACUAAAUUUUUCUUUCUAACGUUUAUAGUUUUGAUACAAUGGAAUUUUCCAUGAAACAUAAGUACUAACUUGCUCAUAUUUACCAACAAAGCUUCAAGCUAUGUUGUUAUUGUUUAAUAAAAGUGAAAGCCUAGAGUGUGCCAAAGUUGUCGUUUUGAAGUUGGGUGCCAUCCUUUUCUAUAGCGGAAUCCAUUUUAAACCUCUAAAAUUAUGAAAAAAAAUAUGUAUAUCGCGAAGAUCUGAAUAGGCACAUUCCACAAAAGAUAAACGAAUUCGCCUCGUUGGCACUUGCCGGAAGGUACCCCUAGUUAUUCUGUAUAAACUUUUUAUCAGCAACCGUGGUAGGACUAGCUUGACUGCUGAGCGGGAAGUCGCGGAUUCGAUCCCCGGGGCGGAGCAAUAUUCGGGGUCUUGAAAUAACUGUGAAAUGAAGGUACUGCCUUUACCCUGCAGACGGCGAUACCCUGACGUGGCUUAGAUGACCACGUGGAAAUGGUGGCCCGUGAUUUGAACUCGGGACGACCGAGAAACAAAUUUAGGUAGUGGUCCGAGAGGGAUUCGAACCCAGAAGUCCGACUCGUAAACCACUCGUCCCACUCUUGGACAACCUUGAUUAACUCGUUGGGUGUUCUUUUCAGGCGCCAAUGUUUUCAUGGCCUCGGCUGCGUGACGCCGAUCCGCUGUUGAAAUGUGAAAUGGCCUCCACUGGCGAGGUAAGAACAAAAAAGAAUUGCUGUAGGUAGUAAUUGACUGUAACCGCAAACUUGGGCUCUUUGACCAUAACUUUCGCGCCAAAAUCGUUUUUCCAAGCAACUUAUUUUGGCGUCGUUUCCCUGCAGGUUGCUUGUUUUGGCGCGAAUGUUCAUCAGGCGUUUCUCAAGGCUUUGAUGUCAACUGGCUUCCGGCUUCCUAAGAAUGGCAUUCUGAUUGGUAUUCAGGUACGUUGAUUGACACUCUAGCGCUGCUCUCAUUCAAUCAGGCACGUGGGUCAUUGUACAAUUUGAUUUCCCCACCCGUAAAAGACUUUUGUGGAGGGUUAAGAGGGAGUAGACAAGAUUUGUUUUAUUCUCACGUCAUCUAAGCCCCCCCCCCAGUCGACCCCCCUACAUGUAGGAAUCUCGCCCCAGUUCUACUCCCUCUCCACAGACCCUUCGUCUAACAGCUGACACUUGAACACAAGACUAUCUUUCUCGAAAUCCAUUCAACGAAAAACACUAUGUAAGAAGUCGAGGAUAAGUGAAAAGUUUGAUUCAUGCCUCUAAACUUUAUUUUGUCAAUCUAAGCGUCUAGUUGGCGCCUUCUCGUUUCAGAAAAACGGAAAGGUUGGCAGCUCGGGUUAUCGUAGGCUUGACACACUCUUUAGCCAGACAACUUUGUAAUCGUUGUUACGCAUAAUACCAAGGCUAGAUGAUCGUGAGUUUUAUAUACAUUAAUUUAAUGGCUUUAUAUUUUCAUGUUUUGAACAGCAAUCCUUGCAACCGAAGUUCCUUCCAACAGCGAACAAGCUUCAUAAACUGGGAUUCACGCUGUACGCUACAGAAGCCACCUCGCAGUAUCUGAAUGAACACAAUAUUCCAGCUCAGCCAGUGGAAUGGCCACUUCACAGUGCUGGAGUAAACUCGACAGCUACCAGGUAGAUUUUAGUCGCUGCUUUUAACCGUGCAUGCCUCUUGAAUACAAAAAAUCAUUUUUUUCUUCGUUACUUACGAACUCAGUUCCCUAAACUCUUAGAGAAGCUGCCACAGUUAACCUUUUUAGGAGAAAAUGUUUUCAUUUCGGAGGGUGGAGGGCGAGUUAGUUUUCCUCUGUUUGUCUACGUAGUAGUUUUCGUAUUAUCUUUAAAACUGCAGUUCGAAGUUCGCGUAAACGCCAACAAUACAAAAUUGGAUUAAUUGACGAGUUCAUAAACAGCACAGUAUUUGUUAACUCCCACUCCUGUCCCUGAAGUCUGCUGUGGAUAGUUAAAACAACCAUUCCUGUGAACAUUGGAAAAUAACACAGAAUCAUAAAGAUGUAAUAUAUAAAAGUGUUUAAAACACUUCUCUUCCAUCGCGCGAUGUUCAGGUUAUGAUCAGAACUGACAUUUCGCACUGUCUGCUGUUGAAAAUGAAUUAGAAGCUGAUGUCUGCGAACAAUCUGAUAAACUCUGAUGUACAAAACAGUAGAAACCAAGAAGCAAAUGGCAAUUGCAGGGACAAAGGCUAUCCUCGCGUAGGUUCUGUUCCAUACGUAAAGACAUGAUGCAGAGAACAUCAAGAACCAAAGAGUUAGGGAUGUGCAUAUUGCGCGCUUAUCUGUCAUCAGAUUCGGGUAUCGCAGAUGAUAAUGAAGAGCAAAAAACCGAUCUAAGCUUAUCGCUGUCAUUGUGCACAAAGACACACCACAACCUAAAGACGAUAAAGCGUCGAAUGCAUCUUUAAAUCCUUGUUCAGGGUUCAGUUGAUAUGCAAUGUAAACCGGUUGUACCACCAAGCCAACAAGAAGAUCUGAGACAGCGAGACUGCACAAGAACAGUAUGGAAGGUGAACGAAGAGAAGGAGUUGUUAAUAUGGCGACCAGCACGAAAACGUUCCCAAUGAUCGAUGGGGGCAUUAGCAGAACAUUAAGCAGACAAUUCGUCACGAUAAAAAUACCCAUCCUCUUUCAGAUUUUUGACUCGAGCGGUAGCAAGUAAAGUUUCAUAGUUUAAGGUUUCCCCGUGAUAAGAAUUUAACACAACACGAAAAUGAGGCGACUGAAAGACAAAUAUCAAUAACUUGUGGUGCUCUUUAUCAUUCGAAAAGCAUUUCUCCCUUUUUGAUUCACUCCUUCAUAGCAAGUGUAAUCAAACUCCCUGGAAAGUUGAAUUGUGAAAAUCGAACAGGGACAAUACCUUUUAAAUUAUUUCCACCCAACGUGAUUACACUGGUUGAUAGCAAUAUAACUGGCUUUGUUUUGUCCCUUUGCAAUAAAAAGAAAUAUAAUGAGAAAUUGCUUAGAAAUCUUAUCUAAACAGUGUUGACAAUUAUUGCUGUGGCCACUAAAGGGAACGAGAGGUCGUGUUUUUUUAAUAACCGCUUUUCUAUACCCGGGCAAUAUAAUACAAAGGUACAUUGUACAGAAAUAAUAUUAAUUUGCCUUUUAAAAAUGAACAUCUGCUAGGACAGAAAUUUAAAUAUGCUUCAUUAACCAGGCUUGCUCCGUCAAUCUAUUAUUUUCCGUUUAUUUGUUAUAUUUUAUUAUUUAAUUGAUUUAUUUUGUGGACAGAGACAAAGCCAAUUUUUAGCUAUCUUGAUCAAAAAAGCAUGGUCAUUAAAAGAACAUCCAAAUAUGCUCUUGCGGUAAAAAGCGGUUAAACCCGAGUGGGCAAGAUACAUUGGAACUUCUUUAUAACAAAAUAUGUGGAAAAAGCCUUUAUAUAAAGAACCCUUGGUUAUAGCCAUUCGCAGUCCCUUAGCCAUCUUGCCCUCUAAAACAGACGAAUCAUAGCACACCAUUUAUUUCAUCCUUGCUGAGCAGCCGUAUAGCAAUAGUUGUUAGGGAGUUUAAGAUGUCACUACGGCGACGGCAACGAGAACGUCAAAAAAGCAAUAGGUUUAGGUUAGCAAAACAACAACUUCGCACGUGCAUCACGCUUUUUUGUACAUUUCUUUGCCGUCACUGCACGACUACGACAUGAAUUGCCUAAUUUCACGUUUUAUCGACAACGUGAACAUACGACGACGAAUUUCUCUUCCUCUCUUUAAACUUGAAUAUCUUUUUUUAAGAAUUCAAAUCCAGGAAAGUUUUCCUACAUUAGACAAAGUGAGCGAGUUGUGAUGAUCGCGCUGCAGUUUAAAGAACGUGAAGUCACUUUUUAAGUGGCGUUUUCUGCUGCCGUCGCCAUGGUAUCUUAAGCGACGGACCAUUAGAAAAGUUAUGGGGGGGGGGUUAUUUUCGAGCCGCAGGAAUUUUUUUUCGUUAUCAAAUUCCAUGUAUGAUUUUUUUUAGGCCAUAGCAUGAAUAUUUUUUAGGGUUAAUUGGCGUGCACGAAUUUUUUUCAUUUAAUUUUCCUUUGCGCGAAUAGUUUUUUUUGUACUUCGCCCCCCCUCAUAAGCUUUCUAAUGGUCCGUCCCUAAACUCCCUGUUAUUGCAGUUGUCGGCGGGUCAUUAUGCAUAAGUUCGGUUAUCUUGUGUCUCACGAGAGAAACUCCGCUAUUCAUCGUGAUGUUUCGGCCGCUUACAGCUGUUCUUCAUCAUGCGAUGUUUUCAUGUUGUAGAUUGAUCCAGGACAAAGUCGUGGACCUCGUCAUCAACCUGCCCAAUCAGAACACAAAGUACAUCAAGGACAAUUACCUUAUAAGGAGAGCGUCUAUCGACACCGGUGUCCCGCUCAUCACAAACUUAGAGGUAUGACGUCAUUCUUCUUUUCAGGUAGCAACCGUCCAAUGGCCAGAUCUGGACAUCUAAGAAUCACCUUAUUCAGAACAAUAAACAGCACCACUGGAGAGUGUUGCUGAAUAGCUUUCAUUUGAAUGCUAACACCAUAGGACUUCAUCCACAGACUUAAAAGUUAGAACCACCUUGUACAGCAUAAUAAACAGCACCACAGGAAAGCAACGAGCUAACUGCUCUCGAGCGUCCGCAACUUUUCCUUCCACGUUUAAUAUUUCGUUUCCUUUGUCGCGUUUAAUCUUCAUUUCCUGUCACUUGUCUGUUUAGGUUGUAAAGAUGUUUGCUGAAUCCCUCUCUGGUGCUGGCAAAAUAGAAGCGACAUCUUUAUUUCAUUACCAGAAGUCUUCCAAAAGAAAAGCCACUCCUUGA